AUGAAGGCUGUUUUCCUUUGCUUCCUUGUUGCCACAUUAUAUACCGCAUCAGCGGUACCCGUGAAUCAAGAAUUCCUGGCAAAUGACUUUAAGUAUCCACGAUACAUCUCAUUUCCCGAUGGCGACGGAAAGCCACACACCGUUGACCUGGAGCAAGAAGUAGAUGUAGCUCUCCUCGAAGAAAUUAACAGAAACCCUGCUAACAACCUAUAUUUACUCUUUACCAGACGCAAUCCAUCAUCAGCUCAAACCUUGAUAAUAAACAACGAAAACUCUAUCAGAAACUCAAAUUUUAACAGAAACCACCCCACUGUUGUCAUAGUUCACGGCUGGCUUUCAAAUCAACAGACUGAUAUUAACCCCACUAUAAGAAAUGCUUAUCUGGGCCAAGGGGAAACCAAUGUCAUUGUCUUAGAUUGGAGAAGAUUAGCUUUAUCUGACUACGUCACCGCCGCUAAUGGAGUACCUGCUGUAGGCCGUGGACUAGGACAGUUCAUUAACUUUCUCAGUUCUGUCACUGGAGCAAAUUUGAACACUUUUCACUUGGUUGGCUUCAGCUUAGGUGCUCAUUUGGUGGGCAACGCUGGUCGUGAGCUUAGAGGAAGAGUAGCUCGCGUGACAGCUUUGGACCCAGCCGGCCCGUUAUGGAAUUUAAACAGAAAUCGUGUUAGUUCUGACGACGGUGUCUACGUUGAAGCGAUUCAUACUGAUGGUGGAUACACUGUUGGUGGUCUUGGCAUUGGUAGAAAUGUCGCUAAUGCUGACUUUUAUCCCAACGGUGGUAUCUCUAUGCCUGGAUGUCUCACAAAUAUAUGCAACCACAAUAAUGCCUGGAGGUACUUUGCUUCUACUGUCACCCGCAACCAUCUAGUUGCCAAUCUAUGCCUCACUUCUCUCCAAGUCUCAACUGACAGCUGCCGUGGACGGCAGUUCCCUAUGGGCAAUGCCGAUUUGAGAAAAUCCGGAAGUGGCAUGUUUAGAGUGAAUACUGGGCGAAAUUAUCCUUUUUAG